CCAGUGUUCAACUCACACCACUUCAAAUCGCCAGAUAAGACCCUCACCUCUUAUGUCUCUCUUCGGGCGAAUAAAUACACCCACCUCUGGAACCCCAUCACUUUUCGGUGGACAACAACAGCAGCAGCCACAAACUCCACUAUUUGGCUCAACAACCACAACUAGCGGUAGUAGUGGAGGCCCCCUUGGCGGCGCGUCGCAGCCAGCUGCCCCUGCCCCUGGUGGAUUGUUUGGCGGCGGACAGGCGCAAGCGCAAACCCCAGCAAUAGGUACUGGUUGCGGUAUUUCCGGUGGAGCUGCAACUCCGGCCACAAGUGGAGGAGGGGGAGGGGGGGGGGGGGGAUUAUUUGGUGGUGCUCUAACUCCUGCCGCCACUCCUGCCCCCGCAAGCGGCGGUCUGUUUGGAACUCCCUCAACAACUACCCCUACCACCGGAGUCGCGCCCACAGGGGGACUAUUUGGUGGUGCUACUCAAGCAGCUACCUCAGCCCAGCCCGCCGGAGGACUCUUUGGAGCUGGAACAGCGGCAUCAGCUUCUGCGCCCGCUACUGGAGGGGGAUUGUUUGGUGGGGGAACUUCGCAGCCGCCUCCUAAGCCUUUAUUUACUGGCCCUUCUGCAGCAACCACUUCUGGCACCGGUGCAUUUGGUAGCACGGCAACUCCAAGGCCUGGUGGAUUAUUCGGUGGGACUACUCCUAGUACCACACAACCGCAGCAGCAAUCACAACAGCAGCAGAACACAGUUCCAGCAGCCACCAUUGAUGCUUCAAAACUUAUACCAACUACCAGAUUCGGAGACUGCCAUGCAGAGGUUCAGAGAAUUCUAGAGGGCAUUGAACAAGAGAUCCAAGAGCAAAUCCGCAUCGCCACAGAGCUAACAGCCCACUUCCCUGGCCACCGCGCAACCAUCGACUCUAUUCCCUCAGACACCGCAGUUCUAACCCACAAGCUCGCAACCACCAAGUCCUUCCUCGCCGCUGACGACGCAGCACUGAGCACCGCGCGUCAACACCAUAACGAAGACGAUGCAGCCGCAACCCUAUCCAUCCGCAACGUUGACCUUUUCCGUGUGCUACCCGCCCAGCGCAGCCAGUACAUCGCGCAGCAGCACAACCAACCCAUGCGCGAGAACGACAUCACGAGCAAUAAGCCGAUGAUAAACUACUUCGACACGCAGAUCGCAAAGAUGGACCAGAAGUUGGAUCUGUUCCUAGAGAGUGUGCAGGAGGUGGAACUCUCGCUGCGUAGUGUUGAGGAACAGGCCACCAUGGGUAGUAUCGGUGGAGAAAAUCUCACAGCGCUCACGGGUGGGGUUGGAGGUCGGCAGGACGCUAGGAGGUUGAAUAGGACGUUGAGAGAGUUCAAUGAUGCGCUGAAGGACGUUAGUGGGAGGAUUGUGGAUUCUAAGGAUGGGAUCAGGGCUUUAAGAUCUAGGAGAUAG